GGGUUCUGCUUCCGGUUCGCAGCGCGCCUUCUGUCUCUGUGUGGAGGGCGGCGUCGUCCCGGCCGGGCGGCCUGAGGCAGCGCGGAGCAUGGGGAAGCGACCGGGCGCGAAGUCCCGGGCGGCGCCGCGGGCAGUUUUUGAGACAGUGCCCUUGAGUUCAGACUCUCUCUUCCAGAGGGCAGUUUCAAUUCUCCAUACUUCUUACUUGGACUCUGCAUCUGAGCAUGGUUUUCAGUACAGUCAAGUGACUUUGGUGAAAAAUGACAUUUUCUUAAAUGAGUACAAAACUUUUUACCAAGUGAAAAAAGCAAGAAACUAUACUCAGGAAGAACUUCAAGAAACUUAUGGAUUUCUUCUGUUUGAAACUGAAGAACAGGCAAAAUUAGUAUGUCAGCAUGGACUUUGUGUCAGCAGCAGUGAUAUUACCACAUUGGGUGACCCAGCAAAAGGUGUAUACAUUUCUAAGUAUUCGGACUAUCUUCAGGCAAGACCAUGGUAUCAUGGGAAGUCUGGAUAUAUUGUAAUUUUUAAUCUAAUUAAGGGAAAAGUCAAAUUUGUACCUGAGAAUUAUACAACUAACUAUACUAGCCCAUCUGUUGGCUAUGAUUGCCAUGUGGCUGCAAAUACUAACAAGGUUUCUCACAAGACGAGUCAUUUCCGCACCUUCGAACUGAGUCAGUAUUACCUCUAUGAACUCACAGGCAGCACCAUAACUAAACGACCCAGACAAGUCUGCCCCUACCUUAUUGUAGCUUUUCAGUACCAAGAGCCUAAGAGAAUGGCCACGCUCACUCAUCAGAGCCUACUUGAACUCCAUAAAAAUGUUCUCACCUCUCCAUGGAAAGGAAAAUUAAUUCUUCAAGGCUAUCUACUGUGUGAUAUAACACUUAGGUCCUCUUGCGGCACAGUGAUUCCAAUACAAUUACCACAUGAUCUGGAUUUCAAGUAUGUCAUGAAAGUGUCAUCUCUGAAACAAAUACUACCACAAGCUGUCUUUAAAAAACAGAAUAACUUGGAACAAAAAGCCUUUUCUCAAGAAAUGUGCUUCAGUAUAUAUGAGGUGGAACUGUCAAACAAAGAAGGAGGAAAAAUAAAUGAACUAACUGAAUACAUUAAAAAUGAACAGUUGGCAAUCAUCAAGUGUUUAGAAGAUCGGGGAUUUUUCAUUUUACUUAUGUCAUCGGCCUUAAUAGCGGAAACAACUCUUGGAGAGGAACAGAUGAGUCUGUGUGGUUUGCAUGUUUUCCAUUCAUCCCUGCCAACAGGGAUGAAAGACUUGAAAGUUGAAGAAGACAUCUCAUUGAAGGUGUUACCUAUUUUACCUGCACUUAAUUGUGCCCUGCUGGAAGCAAAGAAAUUAUUUACCGAAGAAGGAAUCUGUCCAAACACCUUGGUAAAGCGUAAUCUCCAGGACUUGUGCAAGGCGGGUAAAAGUCCUCAGGAUGGAAUGAAAGAAAUGGCAUCCCUUGGCGAAGCACCCAGUGCUUCUGAGGCUGCUGAGAAGUGUCCUUUAGAGUCUCUGAGUCAGUUGAGGUCUUACCUGUCAGAUCCUAGCAGUUAUAUUUUAGAAGUAUCUGCUGCUCUGGAUUUCCUAACAGAACCUCCCCAGUCUCCCUGUGUCUUAGAUGGAAUUUGUGAUGCUGAAUUUUCUUUAGUCAUGACUCCAGACCCUGAAUUUCUUGAAUCAGAAGUAGGAGUCAGAAAAAAAACAGAAAAAAAUUCUGAAGAGGCAUUAAAAGCAAGACAGAAAACGGCGAUCCCAGCAGGUCUGGCAUCAAAUGUGAGAGUUCAGCCAAAGAGAAAAGCCAGCACACCUUCCAUGGUGCAAAGCAGCAAAAGGAGGAGCUUGUGCCGUCCGCUCCCCAAAAGAACUCCCGCAGCAGCAGACAAGACUUCCGACUCACCAGCCACUCUGAAACUAGUCAAAGGCCCUUUUCCUCAAAAAAGAAAAAGAGGUGCUGAAGUACUAACGGCACAGUUUGUACAGACAGCAAGAUUGGACAGGAAAGACCAAGAUGAUCCCAUUUCUAAAGCUGUGCCAGCGAUAGCAAAUGCUAAAAGAGCAAGGAAGCAAGAUAAAUCGUUAGUCACGGCUUUUGUAAAGACGAAGCUGCCUGUGCAGAAAUCUCCACAGAAGCAGAGGAUAAAUACAGUGAGAGGCAACCAGAAUCCCAGAUUCGUGGAGCCCCCACCACCUGCCAUUGAAGAAACUACUUCACAUCUUCAGUCAGAAAGUUCAUCGGACGUUCAAGCAGAUGUUACAAACACAAAUUCAGGUGAACCAGAAAAUGUCACAGUGGCCCCCAAAGAUCUCCCUGAAAACAUUGUCAGCUGUGACUCCCAGGCCCUAAAUAUGUUAGCUGACCUAGCAUUAAGCUCUGCUCCCUCUGCCCCCCCACCCUCCAGUCCCAGGAGUAGUCCCUGUUCUCCCGAGUUAACACAGAAUGGUAUUUUGAGUUCUAAAGAGCAUUCUUUGCGAGGUACAUCUGACCACGAAUAUCACAGAGGAGUCAGAAGUCCAAAAAGUGGCCUAUUGACUGUCCUCCCCACUGAUGAGAAGAGUCUUUCUGUGUCGGACCAUGCUGGCUGCCAGGAGGAGGAGAGAGCGCUUUCGGGCUGCCAGGGCCCUUCUGCAGCCCCGUCGGCACUUACCGAGGAGAGGCUGGAAACUUCCCCAGAUCAAAACUCCGUUGUUGCUGUGGAACAUUCUUAUGCCCUUCUCCAUGUGGAGCAUUUGAAGCAGAGUUCUCAGCAGAGAGGGGUGGUUGGCCCUGGCUUCACCAAGACUGGCACAAAAGGCCCUGAAGCAGGAACUCCAGUGGGAAAAGUAAUGCCUUUUCGGCAUCAGCAGAUCAUGUCUCCUCUCCAGAAGCUUCCUGGGAACCCUCUCCUGAAGCGUAAGACUAGAUCGCUGUCUUCCAACCCGAGAGAUUUUUGCUGCUCUCGUACUGUGUUUAACUGUGAAGGAUCCUUCAAGGUCACUUUCAAGUGUGAACCAGAGUAUGCGUUCAACUUAGACAGCAAGUAUACCAACAACCCACUGGAGAAAACAGUACUGCGAGCAUUACACGGGCCCUGGAAUACCAACCUUCCUGACAACGUGGAAGAAGUAAAGCUCCUGCUUCAUAUGUGGGUGGCUCUGUUUUACAGCAGCCACAACAAAAUUUUGCGGUCAUCUCGAAGAGUGGUUGAACACAGUAACCCAGCAAAGUAUGUGUCUAUCAAUAGCACAGUAGACUCUUUUGAACUCAGUGAAAGUGAGGACCCCCUUAGUGUGGACACACUUUUGGAGGAUAGUGUCACCCCCAGGGCUCAGACGACUACAGUGUUCCCCGACACUAACACGGUGCUUCCUCUCCUUAAACCACCGUCAGCCAGAGGCUUGGGACUCUGGGUUCAGAAUGAUCAGGAAGAAGCAUUUACAAGAGAGGCCCAUCCAGACACUCCACAGAGACAAAGUUUUGUCUGUUCUCGUGAGAGCGAGACAAUUGAAGAAAAAGAUGAACAAGAAUCAUCAGAUAAACUAGAAACCUCUAAUUUUAUGUUCUCUAAUAUUGGAAGUUCCCACACAUCUAUUCCUUCUGUUCUUGGUGAAGAUAGGCCCUUGGAGCCACUUGACAGCGCAAGAGUGGUGAUUUCCACUGAUGAUAUCACACGAGCCACAGCCUUCGAGAUGUGCAGCAGGCUCACCAGUCAAUCUGUCAGCUGUGACGAGUCAGGGUACAGCACCCUGGAAACCCCGGAAAGCCAAGCCAACAUUUUCCAGACAGCAGUGCAGACAGACAGUGAUGCUCUCCAGGGCCUCAUCCCUCAGAAUGGCCCGUCCAAUGGCCCGUCCAAAGAUUGUGAGUCUCCUUUGGAAAAGAAAGAUGGCAGUACCGAGUAUGUGGUGAUCAAUCUGGAGCCAAUCACUCUCACUUUUGAAAAACAUGCGUAUGUACCAAUACAGACAGAAAUUGUAAAUAGAACCGAUAUUCCUGCAACGUUCAAUCUGGAGCUGAUCAAACAGAAGCCACCUUCUCCGAGUAUAACAGGUUCUGUAUCAUUCGAGAAGGCACAGACAGAAAAUAAUGGUGACAUCAGGUCUCUCGCAGUGCCAGGACAAAUAGACACUAAGUUCCUUUGUGCCUUCCCAUUAAGUAGAGAGCCACAUGCUGAAGAAAUAUGUUCAGUAGAGAAGGAGGUUCCUGUUGCAGGUGCCUCGUUGCCACCUGCUAGUGCAGUGCUAAUGGAGGCAUUAUCAUUAGCUCAAACUUCAAAGUACUUGUUACCCAGAGAGGAAACAAACCGCUCUCGGGACCUGGCUCUGCAGUCCUCAGGAGUCUUGAGCAUCUCUUCAGAAGAGAUUAUCGUGCCUUCCCAGGUCAAAGAAGUCUCCGUGCAAAAUCACUCACUUAACCACAUUUCAUCAAAUAGUAAUACUGCAGAUGGUUCUUUAGAAUUAAGGAAUGACAACUGUGCUAUUAACAGUGAAAAUGUGAAUUUUGAAUCAGUUAAUUUAGCAUUUGCCAAACAAAGCACUUUGUCUCUGAGCAAAGAGAUCAGUUUAGAGUUAUCAGAGGAAGAUUCUGACAUCAACCUAACUCUAACAGUAUCACCGCCUCCCAGCCCCAGAGAAGCACCAUGUGGGAAAGUAGCCCCAGAGCAGCAGGACUUGUUCACAAUUGCACACGUUCAGCACACGGGUGAAGAAAACAUUAAGCCUGAAGGGGCAGCUUUCAGAGAAAACAUAGAAGUGAAUUCCAGUUCCACAUCCAUGUGUCCUGUAGAGGCAGCCAAACCAUUAGAAAAUAAGGAACAAGUAGGCAAUCAUGUCCAGCCUUUAACUGUUGUACUUCCUCAGAAAGACAGUACCCUUGACAUUGUCGAGGAAAUUCGUGUUCCCUCAGAUUUCCCCUUUGGCUCUUUAAUUGAAGAAGUGUCACCAGCUUCUAGUCCUGCCCCCCGGGCUCCUGUUGCAGAAACACAGCCUGCUCAGGCCAGUAUAAAAUACCCAUGUAUAGAUGGCGAGAGAAAUGACAGAUGCUCCCAAUUUGAGUCAGGAGAUUCAGCCAUAAAUGAAGAAAAUGUUUUUAUUAGUCCUACCCAUCCAGUCGCACAACAUAACUUAACUCAGGUACUGGAAACACAGCCCUCUGCUGAAAAGCCUCUGCUGUUAUAUAAUCAUCCAGAAGGAAAAGAGAGACAUUUAACCAUCCCCAGUAGCACCUCUGAGGAAAUUGCCCCAGGUGAGCCUGGUGAAGGUAUCUUUUCCUCAGAGCAGACUCAGGGUUCAGACUUAGCUACCAAUCACAUUCAUGACCUCAGAUCUUCUCUCAAAAUGUCAAGAGAUCCGCUGUGGCCAAUUCAUGUGGAGAACAGAAACCCAGACUUAAAUCAUCCUGUCUUUAAGAUCAGCAAGCUUCCAUUUAGUCCCCAAAGGCGUCUGGAAAGUAAGACUUCAACAGACACAUUGACUUCCACAGCUGCUCCAAGUAAUGGAAUGAACACGUCAUCCGAACCGCAGAUGAGCCUUAAGAGCAUGAUGCAGACAUUCUCUAGCGGGGAAGGGAAUUACAUACAAGUCAGGCCCUUCGAGUUGGCCUCUGCGGAUGGGGGUGAUAGCACACAGACACAUGAGUAUUCAGAGAGGCCCCAAACCACUGCCCCCUCUGAUGGUGCCCCGCCAGCCUACUUUCCACCACAGGAAGUAGCAGGAGUCAGAAUGUCCACUCAGCCUAAGAGUACCGAAACUGAAGUUCAGUUACAAGAUGUCACAGAUGGAGGCAGCUUUGUCUCUCAGACACACACCACAGUUCCAAAGGGUGGACAAGUCACAUCAGUGUCUGAAAUCAAAGAUCCAUGGGGUUCUCAGCUUAUUUUCCCAGGUGCUGGUUCUUCCCCAGACAGAGCCAUAUCGAGUGACACAGUGAGUAGUGAGCCUUCUGCUUCCUCUGUUCCCAAAUCUAGCGACACUAUUUGUGGUGUAUCUGAAGAGCAGACAGAAGGGAAUGGCCCUGGUGAGAGGCCCAGGCCCUGGGGUCAUGCAAGAGCCCUGAGCAGAGACUUGGAUGUCAAUGCAAACUCGCACAUGCACCGUGAACCCUCUUCUGGCGACUCUGAUGCAUACUCUCCAGGUGCUGGUAGAAAACCUAAAUCUGACCUGCAGGAACCCCCAUUUACUCUGCGGUGUAAUCGCAGCAGAAGAAAAGAGGAGGGCAGCGCUUUCCAGCUCGCACGCACAAAUGAUCGGGAAAACUGGGGCUAUUCAAAGCAAAUCCCAGGAUUGGAGACUUCUAGAAAUGGGGGCUUCGGAUUAAAGAAAGAUAAGUGUGCACCACGUUUUAUUCAGAUCCGAGAUGUCCGUGGCAUCCCCAGAACUUACGCUAACUUCACCAUAACUAAGGAGUGUGAGGAUGCUUCAGGGACGCGCCCACAGUAUGAUUUGCUCAGCUCCUGGGUAAACACAUGGCAGGCAGCAGGCAGCCUCACCCAGAGGACAGUAGAUCUGGAGUAUCUGCGUUUUGCACAUAAACUAAAACAAAUAGUAAAGAACAGAGUUUCUCGGCAUUCUGUUCCUGCCACUAGUAUAUUUCCAAAGGAAUCCUCUCGAAGUGAAGCUUUCCCUUUGACAAAAACACCCGAGGGCCCAUGUCCUAUGGCCCGAAGCAGAAGUCCCCUGAUGGUAACCAUUGUGCACCCAGAUCCUGGGCAGUGUGUGCAUGCCAGAGGCCACCUACCCACCAGUGGUUUGGACAGUUUUCCCUUUUGGAAGGAGAGAAGUCUCAGUAGAAAGCUUGCCAAUCCUGAGAGAAAGACUGUUUCCUUCCACCUCAACAAACUGAAAUAUAACAGUACUUUGAAAGACCCCCGGAAUGAUAUUUCACUUAUUCUGAACGAGUAUACCGAAUUCAAUAAGGUGAUGGUGGACAGCAACCAAGUCAUCAUCCCAGAGGGUGAACCCAGUGUUGCUUCUGGGGGCACCUUGCUGGAAGAGAUGUGCUCCUCUUUCCCGAGAAGGUGUGCCUCCUAUGAAGACAUGAUCACAGACUUAUGUGCCAGCCUGCAUAUCCGACUGAAGAGCGUCAUGAAAGAAGCCCGUAAGAACACCUUCCUGUUCUAUCUUGUGGAGACAGAAGACAAGUCAUUCUUUCUAAGAACGAAGAACAUUCUGAGGAAAGGAGGCCACAAAGAAAUUGAACCUCAACAUUUCUGUCAAACCUUCCACAGAGAGAAUGAUACGCUAAUAAUCAUUAUCAGAAAUGAAGAUAUAGCAUCACAUUUGCAUCAAAUUCCUUCUUUGCUGAAGCUGAAACAUUUUCCCAAUGUCCUCUUUGCUGGAAUCGACAGCCCUGAGGAUGUACUUGAUUAUACCUACCAAGAGCUGUUUCCAGCAGGUGGCUUCGUGGUAUCAGAUGACAGAGUAUUAGAAAUGUUAACAUUAGUUCAGCUGAAAGAAGUUGUUAAAAUCCUGGAGAAACUAAAUGGAAAUGGAAGGUGGAAAUGGUUCCUUCACUACAGGGAACAGAAAAAGCUCAAAGAAGAUGUCAGAGUGGAUUCAACUGCACAUAAAAAGAACUUAAUACUGAAGUCAUGCCAGAGUGCAAAUCUCAUUGAAUCGCUUCACUACCAUCAGUGUGAUUCCCAACAGCCGGCAAAGGGCGACUAUUUGCAAUGUCUGCGGAGCCUGCAGGUCCAGCACAUCUGCUCCAGGUUCGCCAUCUUCCUGACAGAAAAGCCUGCAGGUUCCAGAGAAGUCUUCGAAAAUAGUGGCAUCCUUGUUACAGAUGUAAAAAACUUUAUUGAAAAUAUACAGAAAGUAGCAGCUCCAUUUAGGAGUAGCUACUGGUAAUAUUUUAUGCAACUCUCCCACUGUGAACUGGAAUGAACAUUGGAUGUGUUUAUGGAUGGACGCACACUAUCUGAACAUGUGCAUUUCAUGGAAGAUUUCAGUCGCAUCCUUCAUAUGAAAUAUUUGGUUUAGACAGUGUUGACAUCACCUUAAUAUUUAUUUAUGCUUGGCUAAUAAAAUACCUGGUUUCAUUCAGUAGCUUUUAAUUAGGUUUGAGUGGGCCAUUUAAAUACUUUCACAAAUUAUUUUAAGAAUGCCUUCAGUGCUAUUCAUUGAAAAUAAUUGUACAAACACAAUUGCUCCAUUAUGGCAGAAAAAAUGGUUCUUGCAUGUUAGUAUCAGAAAACUCAUGUGGUGAGAAAAAAAACAAGACAUUCUUCAAACAACACUAAGGUUUUUUCCUAUGUGGUAAAAUUUUAUAGGCUGGUAUUUUUCAGUUACUCAGUUUUUGUACAUAGUACACUACAAAAUCAGCCUUCUGGGAGGAAGAGAAAAUAAUAAUUUUAUUUAUGAUAUUAGAAAUAGAUUUCUACAAUAAACGAAGCAAAUACAUUUCUAAGAACAACUUUUUGUAACUAUUUUUGUUUCAUUUUUU